GAUUGGACUCUGCAAUUGGCUGUUGCCAGAAAUUUUGGCAGGCGAUGUGUAACCAGAUCCCUCUGCAAUAGAGUCCAGAUAGCCCCUUAUCAGCGCUUGCAUCCUUGCAAACAUCCCAGGACUUUGAGGAAUAAGUCGGUUGCGAUAAGAAGUCAUGUCAUCGGGGCCAGAUUUCAUCGGUAGGAAGAUACAGAGCUCGAACUGUUAUGAUAAAUUCCCUGUUACAUUCAGUAAUACCAACACACCGGCUAAGAAUAGAGAAAAUAGAGAACAGAGCCACAAUAGUACCUCCGUGGUGCCUCAAGCCGAUUUAACUACCCAACUGAGAACGGUCUUAGACGCUGCCCGUGCACAAAGACGCGCAUCCGUCGACGCCACUAAUAAAGCCAACACGCACUCCAUAGACGAGAUCUUAGGAAAGACCGUACUACCACGCAAGAACACAAUGAAUGCAACAGAAGAUGUCAAAUCUCGUUCAGAUAUUGAAAAUUUCCACCCGCGGAUUGACACAGAGCCGGUGUCUCCUGGCUCCGACUCCCCCGGGCCUUUCUCUCCCGGUAAGGAUGGUUCGGAAAAGGACGACGAAACAAGCGAGAUGAAACGCAAAAAGAGGCGCAAUAGGACUACUUUCACUAGUUUUCAACUUGAAGAAAUGGAAAGGAUUUUUCAAAAGACACAUUACCCUGAUGUGUACGCAAGAGAGCAGCUCGCACUCAGGUGUGACUUGACAGAAGCACGUGUACAGGUUUGGUUCCAAAACCGACGAGCGAAGUGGAGAAAGCGUGAACGAUACGGGCAACUACAGACGAUGCGGGCGAUGGCAACAUCACCGGGCUAUGGAGAGAUGCCCAUUGCACCGGUCAGGACAGACAACUACUCACAGAUCCAACAAUGUGGAGGUUGGGCACAAAACUCUCAGGGACAAUAUCAGAUGGCGCCACCGAAUUCAUGUAUGGCCCCCGGGCAGGCAACUCUACCUAGUUUUAUGAACUUGGCACAUGCAAACAGUCUCAAUGCCGCUGGUCUCAAUGGUUACCAGGGUCAGAUGCAACACCCUGGUGUGCCGGGACAGAUGAGUGCGCAUGCGCAAAUGAACAUCGGGAUGACCUCAUUAGGGACUGCCCAGGGCCUAGAGACAUGUCACCAAGAAACAGAACUAAGAAGCUCGAGUAUUGCGGCUCUUAGACUUAAAGCACGGGAACAUAGUGUAGCUAUGGGUAUACUAGGUGCAUAUAAAUGA